AUGGUGGGUGUUCCCUGGGGGCGUGAGGGCGCCGCUUUGCAGUACUUGUUGUUUGUUGAAGAAUGGAGAGGGGGCAUGAGAGAUGGUGGGUGUGGACAUUUCGUGGGGAGCAGAAUUUUCGACUUGAUUGAAUCGGCUUUGGGUGUGUCCCGGGGUGUGGUUCUUCCAGGAUUCGCCGCACGGCCCACGGGAGGCACACGAGUCAAAUUUGUUGGUUGGUACAUGUCGCCUUUGUGGGCUGUGGACAUGUCUGCUGGUGCAGCGGGAGAUGGUUCUCACGCUAUCUUUGCAGGUGCCAGCAGCUGGCCUUUGGGUAGGACACGCUCCGUGUCUCUGUGCAAUCGAAUCCAUGCGCAUUCAUGGCAUGCAAAUGUCUGA